AAUAAUAAUAAUAAUAAUAAUAAUCAAUCUUAUGUUAAAAUAACACCGAAAAGUCAAAUGGAGAAUGUGACUACUACAAACAACAUUAUUGAUAAUAAUAGCAAUAACAAUAAUAAUGGGUGUGAUAAAAUUAUACAAAGAAAAUAUACAAAACGUUCAUCAAAACUACGUCAUUCUCAGUCAUCUUCAACUUUAUAUUCAAAUACAAUAAAUGAUGAUUCAGUUGUUAAUGAUAAUUUACCAUGGAAUUCUUCGAGUAAUCAAUCAAUGCAACCUACUGGUAUGAAUUCAUCAUCUAAGCAAUUGGAUGUAUCAUUUGUUAUGAAUAAUGUUAAACGCGGUACAAUGACAUCAGCCCUUAGUUGUACAAAUCUUACUACAGGUUCCACUUUUAUUGAUGAUCAGUCGGGUAAAAAUAAUGAAUAUCUAGAACCACGUGUUUAUCGUGCACGAUUCAAUCAAGCUGGUAGUAUUAUUCAAAAAAAAUUAAUUGAACGUAUGAAUGAAUAUUCGAAAAUUGAAAAAAUUCGUAUUUAUAUUGGUACAUGGAAUGUGAAUGGUCGAAAUGAUGCAAAUGCAACGAUACAAUUGGAUAAUUGGCUUAAAUCAUCGGAUGAUGAUCAACCACCAGCUGAUAUUUAUGUAUUUGGUUUUCAAGAAAUGGAUAUUAGUUUCAGUGUGAUUACUUUAAAUAAAACCAGUUCCACUGGUCCAGAAGAACGUUGGAUUCAACAAUUAGAAGAAGCUUUAGGCGGUCUCCUAAAACGACCUUUAUCACAUUCUAUAUGGGCUCAAAGAACUGGUUCUGUUAAAUCGUACGCUGCUAAAUGGUCUCAUUAUACAGGUGGUGGUUAUUUACGAGUGGAACGUGUUCGUCUAGCUGGAAUUAUAAUGCUUGUGUAUGUAUCAGCUUCGUUAUCCGCACAUUUACGUCGUGAAGAAAUUUCUUGUCAAGUUGUUCCUACAGGUGUUUUCAAUGUGAUGGGUAAUAAAGGUGGUGUUGGCAUUCGAUUGACCGUUUUCAAUUCAUCUCUAUGUUUUAUUAAUUGUCAUUUGGCUGCAGGCGAGGCGAAUCUUGAUCGUCGUAAUCAAGAUUUCCGUGAAAUUACUCGAAAAAUGUUAUUUGAAUUCCCAAUGAAUCCAAAAAAUUUAAUGCAACCAUCAGAAAAAGCAUAUAUUUCGGAUCAUGAUAUCAUUUUCGUAUUUGGUGAUUUAAAUUAUCGUAUUAGUGGUUUGGAUUCACCUACUGUUCGUAAAUCUAUUUUUGCAAAAGAUUUUUCUUCCAUUCUGAAAUAUGAUGAAUUAUUAAAACUUAUGGGAAAUCGUAAUUUAUUUGAUGGUUUUCAUGAACCUGUUAUCAAUUUCGCACCAACUUACAAAUUCGAUAUGAAUUCCAAUGUUUAUGAUUCUAGUGACAAAAAUCGUGUUCCAUCAUACUGUGAUCGUAUUAUAUGGUCAGGUGACGGUUGUACACCAAUCGUUUAUCGUUCACACCCUGAAUUCGUUUGCAGUGAUCAUAAACCUGUUUCUGCAUAUUUUGCUGUUGAUUUACGUCGUAUUAAUCGUUCAGCAUUUCAACGUACUUAUGAAUCUGUUUUAUUGAGUAUCGAUUUAACAACUAAUUUAUCACUUCCACAAGCUGAAUUAGAUAGACAAGAAUUAGAUUUUGGUUAUGUACAUUUUCAUGAAUUAUGCUGUCAGUCAUUAACUCUAACUAAUAUUGGCGUCAGUGAUUUUCAAUUUAAAUUUUUACGUGAAGGUGUUGGUUCGUUUCCAUCAUGGCUUACAGUUAGUCCAUCAUGUGGUUGUGUAAAACAAGGCAGUUCCGCCAAAUUAGAAUUUCAAAUAUUUAUCAAUUAUAAAGAAGUGUAUGCUUUAAAUGGUGGUGAUAUUGACUUAUCUACUAUUGUUGUCUUGCAAUUAGAAGAUGGCAAAGAUUAUUUCAUUUCAAUUAGUGGACAAUUUAUACCAACAAGUUUUGGUUUACCGUUGAUUGUUUUAUUAAAUUUAGGAUCACAGCCUGUUAGUCAAUUUUCUGUUGAUGAAUUACAAGAGCAGGUAAAGUUAGCUCGUUCAGAAGAUAAUGAUUAUUUCAAAACAAAACUAGCCAUUUUAGUUGAUCAAAAACCAUUUCAUGUACCAAAAGAAAUUUUUCGUCUUAUCAAUUGUAUAAAUGAACAUAUAACAGAGCCUGAUCUAUUUCGUCAAAUGGGUCCAUCUUCUGAUAUUGGUAUUAUACGUGAUCUAUUGGAUACUACUCCAGCUAGUUGUCCAUUUCCUGACACAAUAUGUGUACAUUCAAUUACAUCGAGUUUAUUAUUAUUUUUAACUACACUACCGGAUUCUGUGAUACCACAACAAUUUCAUGAAAAAUGUUUUAAUUCAUUAGCAAAUUUUGAAUCAGCUGCACAGGCUUUACAACUUCUUCCUAUUUGUAAUCAAAAUUUAUUUUAUUAUCUUAUCACAUUCAUGCAACGUUGUUUGGUUUUUAAAGAACAGAACGGUACAGAUAUUGAUCUACUUGCUCCAUGUUUUGGUGAAAUAUUAUUUCUUGAUUCCGCAUCCAGCACAACUACAUCAAUUCAAAAAGGUGCUAUUGCAGUUAAACAGCUUAAACGAGCCGCUUUUAUUAGCAUUUUUCUUCGUCAAAAUUAUCUCAUUUCUAAUAGCACUCCAUUAAUGUGAACGCGUCAACAUUAGUUUAUCGUACGAUUAUCAUUAUUAUUAUUAAUAAUAUAAAUUUUCCAAAAUAAAAGACUCUUUGUUAAAUUAUGAAAAUUAAUUUUCUUUUUUAUAUAUACUUUUCCGUAUCUAAUUUAUGAUUUGUGAAUUUGAAUUACGUUUUUGUUUACUACUACUACUUCUUCUUCAAAUUUCAAUUUAUUUUGCCCACCCCCCCCAUUGUUUUUUCUGUUCAACAUUAAUUACUACAGUCUUUCCUAGAUAGAUGAGAUUUCACACUUCUCUCAACCAAACACUUUCUCUUGUGUACUUGUAAAUUUAUUUUUAAAACAUUCUUAUAUUUGUUUGUAUGUAUACAUUCGUACCUACGUAUAAGGAAACUAUCCUAUAACCUAUUGAUAUUUUUGUUCCUUCUAAAGUCUAUUGUCCUACUAUAGUUGCUUUUUUUUGUACGCUUAUCUAUCACACACACACACACACGAACAAGAUAAUUCCAAUGUUAUAAUUUUCUUUUUUUUUUAAAAAAAAUUAACAUUAAUAAUAAUGAUAAUAAUAAUCAUAAUGUAAAAAGACAGAUAAAGAGUGUGUUAUAUUUGUAUACUCUUCUUCUUUUCUUCUGAUUGGUCAUUGUCAAUUGAUCUCCUAACUAAAAUAAAAAAGAAACAAGCAUUCC